UUAUAGUCUCGACUCUCUCAACCCACACCAUUCAGUCAUUUACCUAUCUUCUCUCCCACAUUUGAAAUUCACACACAGUAGGAAAUGACGACGGUCUCUUAUCUUUCAACUGUUUCUUCUUUGCUUCCACUAGCUGCUCCUCUCCCCUCUCCCACCAAUGCUGCCUCCAGGUACCCCAAUCAUGCUUGCACAAUUAGUUGUAAGAUUGAAGCUGACACUACUAAUGAGGAUCGAUUUGGUCGAAGGGACGUUCUCAAAUGUUUUGGCGCUACUGUUGGCAUGGAAAUAUUGACAAGCUCUGGCUCAUUCGUUCAAGUGGCUAAUGCUGCUGAUUUGAUACAACGCAGACAGCGUUCCGAAUUUCAGUCAAGUAUCAAGGGGACCCUUUACACAGCUCUAAAGGGAAAUCCGGAUCUCAUCCCAUCCAUACUAACUUUAGCCCUAAAUGAUGUGAUGACUUAUGAUAAGGCUACUAAAUCCGGGGGCCCAAAUGGAUCAAUACGGUUCAGCUCAGAGAUGAGCAGACCAGAAAAUAAGGGGCUCUCUGCAGCUAUGAGUCUAUUGGAAGAAGUAAAGAAGGAAGUAGAUUCAUAUUCCAAGGGUGGACCCAUCUCAUUUUCAGAUCUCAUUCAAUUUGCAGCACAAAGUGGCUUAAAGGCUAAUUUUCUAGCUGCUGCCAUUCGCAAAUGUGGUGGGAAUGAAGAAAAAGGAAGCUUAUUAUACAGUGCAUAUGGUUCAAAUGGGCAGUGGGGCUUGUUUGAUAGGCAAUUUGGGAGGUCAGAUACACAAGAGCCUGAUCCAGAGGGGAGGGUUCCCCAAUGGGAGAAAGCGAGUGUUCAGGAAAUGAAAGAUAAAUUCUCUGCUGUUGGCCUCGGUCCCCGCCAGCUAGCUGUUAUGUCUGCAUUCUUGGGUCCCGAUCAGAUAGCCACUGAAACCUUAUUGGCCGCAGAUAAAGAUGUUGCUCCAUGGGUUCAGAAGUACCAACGUAGCCGAGAAACAGUGUCAGCGACUGACUAUGAGGUUGACCUGAUAACCGCUCUGACAAAAUUAAGUAGUUUGGGCCAACAAAUCAAUUAUGAGGCGUAUACAUAUCCUGUUCAAAAAGUUGAUUUUGGCAAGCUCAAAUUAUAGAAACAAAGCAAAUGGUUUUCGGAACGAAGCAGCUAUGGUGAGCAUCCAAUUGUCAUGAGAAUAAGAAGGAUCCGUGGCUUCCAUCCAAGUUUAUAGAGAGUCAUUCAACAUUACAUACAAGAACUACAGCAGAAUUUCGUUUAAAUUUUCAGAUAGCGCGGGUAACUCAACAAGUCACUAUAGUUGAAUGAUUAUUAUUAUUUCAUGUUGUAAUCAAUAUAAUCUUGGGUUUGUUUUAUCAAAAAGAAAAAGGAAAUCACUAUUAGAACCACCCUUUUGUGUAACUGAAGAGUUGUACGUUUUUCAAGAAUUUCUUUAUAUUAUUAUGAAGCUUUGCAUCAAAA